GGAGGGAAACACACGAGUCGACUGGGGAGCAGGCGUCGCCGCAACACUCAGGCAACCACCGCGCCGGAUGAUUUGACUCGACCUUCCGAAGUCUUUAUUUUCAUUUUUAAUUUAUAAUUUUGUCAGGCAACCAGGAGGACCAGCACACUGCCCAGAAUGGGAAAUAUUUCGCUCUUCACCGGUCUCUUCCGGAGUGACGUAACCUCGUCUGAACAGGUGGACGCAGCGAGCUUCACAACCAGGAGGAUCAGCGAUGGCAUCACUUAUUACUGCGCUCCCUUCUCGGGGACAGGGGAACGAGACUCUCACACCUCCACUGCACUUUGCCCCCCCUCCGCAGAGACUUCCUCCUCUCCUCUGCUCUCGGAUUCACCUUCACCCACACCCGCCUCCUCCCCAAACCAAUCAGACUCUUCAUCCCCUUCGCGUCCUCUUCUUCUUUUCUUCUCGUGGCUCGGUGCCCGGCCGGCGGGGGUGGGCAAGUACAGGGACCUCUACCUGGACCGCGGCAUGGACGUCCUCCUGGUUCAGAGCAACGUGACGCACUUCCUGUGGCCCCGAUGGGGGUUUGACUACGGGCUGGAGGUGUUGAAGGCCCUGGAGCAGCCUCCGUUCUCAGGGAGGCCGUUGCUGGUCCACGCCUCCUCCAUCGGGGGCUUCACUUUCACCCAGAUGCUCGCCCACAUUGCUCAAGGAGGGAAGCGACAUGCAGGCGUGGCCCAGAGGGUGACGGGGCACAUUUACGAUAGCUUGGUGGUCGGCACUCUGGAGCACAUGGCGAUCGGCCUCGGCAAGACUCUGUUUCCCCGGUUGGAAAGCUUGGUCAAAAACGCCGCGAUGCUUUACUUCUGGUUCUUCAAGACACACACGGCCGACCUCUACCACGACAGCAUCCAGGUUUUCCACAACAGCCCCAUCACGACACCGGCCCUCUUCUUCUUCUGCGAGAACGACGCCCUGUGCAACCCCGCCGACUUGGAGACCUUGAUCGACCACUGGAGGAAGAGGGGCUUGGCUGUGGAGAGCAGGAAGUGGAAGGAGUCGAAACACGCCGCCCACAUGCGAUGCCACCCGGAGGACUACGUCUCCACGCUGGAGAAAUUCUUGAACUCCCUCGCCAUUCCCUCCCUUAAAUGUAAAUGUUUAGUUUGACAGAUUUUAAACACUGUAAGACGCUUUAUGAUUUCACUGGAAUCUUUUUUUUUUAUCUUCCAGUUGUAGAGCAUGAUCAGUGGUGUAGUUUAAAGAAGAUAUUUUCUCUCUCCAUUUAAGCAUCCUCAAUUGUUUGAAUAAUAUGCACUAUUUAAUUGAUUACUGUAGAGUCUUGUUAUGCUUGCAUGCACAGGAAGUGUUCUUUGGUGAUGGUGUUGCACCUUAAUAUCAGAUCUGGUUGUUGCACUUGGAUACCAGAUCAGUUUUUUUGCACAAUUUAUGGAAUAAAACUGUUAGAGCAUCU